AUAGUUGUAAGCUAGUUCUCUAUAGUUGUUGCCCGUUUGCCAUCUCACUCAUUGUACGAUGACAAUUAAAAAUAAAUAAAAUCUACUUUAUCCAUUAGUUUUUAUCAAAUAUUAUUUUUUAUUAAUUUAUUUAUAAAUACCAAUCAAUUUUAAUACCUUUUCAACUAGUACUAAGGAAUGCUUUGAAUUCGUAAUUUCCUAAACCCGAUUUUAACUCGUUUUCAAAUAAAUAAAUCUAUAUAUUUUAGUUAUCUUUCUUGGGCCUGGGCCCAUAAAUAGAACUCAGCCGAAAUUUCACUUCCUAGUAUAGACACAUGUUUUGUUUAAGGUUCCAUGAUCCCGAUGGAAGCAACACACACGCAUCCGUCACCUUCGACAUUCUCUGCCCACAUGAAACGGUCUCUUUCCAUUUCCGACAUCAUCGCUUCUUAAUCUCUCCUAAACACCUUCAAAUCUGUGUGGGUUUUCUCGUUUCUCCAUCAAAUCGAAUCGAAUCCGAUGAAGAUUUCUCCCUCAAUUUCUGUUCGCCAUUGAAUCCGGCCACCACACACACAAAAAAAUGAGCACCGAGAAGUUGGAAAGCGAUGUAACAAGUCUCGGCGGCAGCAGCACGUCGUCAUCAACGUCGCCGAAACGAGAUCGAUCUCCGACAACAUCGUAUAAUUACUACGUUCAAAGUCCAUCUCGCGAUUCGCAUGAUGAUGUUGAUAACAAAUCCUCAACCAACAGUCAAACAACUCCGACUCACAGCUCUCCGAAUGACUCGCCGUCGCAUCCUUCACACUCACGACCGUCUUCCUCCAGCGCCAGUAGAGUUUCCGGCCCCUAUCGAGCUUUUGCGGUGACCGGAAAACACCGCGUCCAUUCGUCUUUUAGGAAGAGGAAAGGGUGGCCGCCGUUGUUCAGUGUGAUUGACGAGGAAAAUGAAGAUUAUGAGGACGAUGAUUACUUCCGAGAUAGAGAAUUCAUGCGACAAUGUCGGAUUAUGAUGGUAUUGAUGGGAUUGGUAAUGAGUUUUACGGCGAUCUGUUUCAUCACAUGGGGUGCGAGUAGGCCUUACAAGCUUCAAGUUCAUAUGAAGAGUUGGAAGGUGAACAAUUUCUAUUAUGGAGAAGGAACGGAUUACACCGGAGUUCCAACCAAGUUCUUGACUGUAAAUUGUACGGUGAAGAUGAACAUAGAAAACCCUGCCACGUUUUUUGGCAUCCAUGUCUCUUCAAGUUCUUUAAAUCUCUUUUAUUCACAAAUCGUGGUAGGAAGUGGUCAGUUUGUGAACUAUUAUCAACCGAAGAAAAGCCAAAGGACAAUGUCAGUGAAUGUUGAAGGUCGUAAGGUUCCUCUCUAUGGAGCUGGUAUACGUUUAGCUACAUCAGACAACAACAAUAACAAUAGUGUCCCAUUGAAGUUAGAGUUUGAGAUUCGUUCACAUGCCAAUUUGGUGGGGUGGUUGGUAAAGACAAAGCAUCGACGUCAAGUGUUUUGCACCAUGGAAAUUGACUCUGAGAACAAUAAAGUUAUAAACUUUAAGAGGGAAUCAUGUUCGUAUACGUGAAAUGAAAAUCAAGAUCGAAAGUUGCUUUUAUGUUUCUCUUAUUUUAUGAACAUCACUAGCAAAUGAGUAAUUCUAGUUACAUAUGUUUCCUAUUUCCUAUUUGGUAGAUUUUCGGUGUGAUAAACCACAGUCGUUUCUCUUGGAUCUUGCAUCAUUUGUAAAGGAUUAAUUUCACUUUAUAUAUCUAAAAUGUGUUACUUUA